AGUUCGCAUCGGGCAGCCACAGCAAGUCUCGCAUUCUUUCACGAAGUCGUUGUGCUGUGUUGCUCAACGUUUUCGUGCGUAUGAACGUGUUUUUGAUCGCUUCCCGGACGAGAAAUCGCGAACUUGAUCUUUCGGGCGAAUUUCACCUGAAAAAUCCUACGUUUGUGUCAAAAUUCCCACGGAAAAGUCCUGUGUUUGUGUCAAAAAUCACACGGAAGAGUCCUUACAGUGUCCUGUGUUGAACUAAAAUUGAGGAUUUUAACGGAAAAUUGUGUGAAAAAUUGUAUUCUUUGACUUGAAGAAUAACAAAUAAAAAAAUAUAUAUAUAAACUAAAUCUGUGGAAUUCCAAUCGUCUGCGUGAGAGACAUUCUUUGCCGCCGAGGAGGAUUUUACCGGAAUAGCAAAUCACACGUGAAAGACACGUCAAGUGGUCAAAAUACCAACGAAUUCUCGUGGUUUCGUGCGUGUGUAAGCAAAAACGAGUGAUGCAGGCGGAUUGUGACGGAAAAUUUAAUUUAUGAGUGAUAAAAGUCCAUAAGUAUUCGCUGUGAAUGGGCUAAUGUGGAGUGUGCCCCAUGUUUUAUCCUCAGCACAGGUGAAAACAAUAGCAAAUUCAUCCAACUGACGUGUGUCUCAUAAAAACUCUGCAUUUUUUUUUUUAAUACAAAAGUGUUAUCACACAUAAAAACACGAGUGAUAGCACAUAGAGAAAAAAUGCCAAGGAUUUUCCACCAUCGUGUGAAUCAAUAAAGUCUGGAUUGAUUUUUGCUGUGACUGUCAUUUGUGAUUUUUUUUCGCAAGGCUCCUCCAUUCAUCCUUUAUUAGCGGGUGCAUGAAAAGCGGCGUCGGCAUGAGUCAGUGAGGUUUACAUUUAUGCAGAAAAGGCAGCAAUCAGCAUACACGACGGCGGUUGAGUAAGAAAAUUCAAGAAGGAGCAUGAAAGAAAAAAAUUGAUACAUAAUUUAUUAGAAUUCUCAAUAUAAGUGCGAAGAGAACAGCUAAAAGUAUAGGAGAGCAAGAUAUCUAAUGGACUUGGGCUAUAUAUGUACAUAGUGAAGUCGCACGAGGGAACUCAAUUGCAUUGGCGGAGGCAUAGCUGUCUUGUGGUUAUUAUAAAGUACAUAUAUAUUGGAGCUAUAUAGGUACAUACAUAUAUAGUGGAGUGUUUGUGCAUUUGAAUCGACAAUCAUUGUGCAAAUCGAGCGAUCCCCAAUGCGCACGCCGCUCGCAAUAAGUCACUUGGGCAUGGGCAUUGUGCGCCAGGAGCGCGAUGCUGAAGACGCGGUGCGCACGUAAGAACGAAACUCCCGUUUUAGUAACCUUGACGUUUAUAAUUGCAAAUCUCUGAGUGUAAUUGCGGUUGUUGCUGUCAUUGAUCUACAAAGACACAAUAAAUAUUUUCUCGAGUGUCGCGAGAGAAAAGAGUUUAAUUUUGUUUUAAAUCAUUUGAUUGAUCGUCAGCUAAACAUCGGAGUUGGUGAGUGAUCGAUUUGGAUCUCAAGGUGCAUUUUUCAUCGCAAAACCAAAAGGCACAAAGUGCCCGUGUGGUGUGAGAUUUGCAAAGAGAAUUUCUUGAGGUGAUACUGCACUGUAGCUGACCAAAUGGGAGUCACUCCGUGAGUGCAAGAAAGACAGGGAGAACGAAGAGACAGUGGAAUUUCGCAAUGGCCGUGUCUUGUCCGGAAAUGAUGUACGGAGCUUAUUAUCCAUACUUGUACGGACGCGCUGGACCAAGCAGAUCCUUCUACCAGUACGACAGGUUCAACCAGGAUCUAUACUCAUCAUCGGGCGUUCCUCUUGCACCAUCGAGCGCAUCAGGGAGCUCACAUUCACCAUGCAGCCCCAUCCUGCCACCCUCAAUUGCCGCCCCAGCGGCUGCGGCAUCGUCAGCCCAGUCCGUUGCAUCCACGGCCGUAUUGAGUCAUCGGAGUCAUCCAAUUGAAAAUGAGAGUCCCCUACCGAGUGCUCACAAUGACAGUUCCUGCUCAUCUGGUCCCGAAUCACCCCAUGCGGCUGCAGCGGACCCCACGAGCGACGGACAACCCGCCAGAGCACAAUACGUAUCCGCGACGUGCGUCGUUUUCACGCACUACAGCGGAGAUGCCGCCACCGUAGUUGACGAGCACUUCUCCCGCGCACUCAACUUUAGCAAUAAGGAAAGCAAAGACGGAUCCAGUCCGAUGUCGGCGAGAAAUUUUCCAGCAUCGUUUUGGAAUAGCAACUACGUACCUCCGACUCCGGCGCCCACACAUCCUCAAGUUCCGGACCUGUAUUCGGCGGACGGAAGUUACUCAACGGAUCCCUGGGUUCCUCAUCAUUACGGUUCCUACGCGGCUCACGCGCACGCCCAUGCGGCUCACGCUUACCACCAUCACCACAACAUGGCUCAAUAUGGGAGUCUACUGAGGCUGCCUCAGCAAUAUGGACAUGGGUCGAGUAAAUGGUCUCAAAUGCUCGAUUACAGAUUGCAUCACGACCAACAGACGGCACAUGCCCUCGAGAGUGCCGCCGCGUACUCUAGCUACCCCUCAAUGGCCGGUCUCGAAGCCCAAGUCCAGGAAUCAUCGAAAGACCUCUACUGGUUCUAAAAGGCUGUAGAAUUUAGCAAAGAUAAAUUGGUGCCGCAGUAUUAGUUUAAAAGAACCAUUAAGAGAGAUGUGUCGAGAAUAAAACACGCAGAGUUUAUUCUAGUGAAAACUAAUUUAAAAAAUAAAGUGUAGCAUAUAAACGAAUUGUGGUACAAAAACUCAAUAAAAUAAAGAAGAAAUUUAAAGAAAAAAAAUCGUGAUAGUAAGUUUAAAGAAAAAAAAUAAUCACCCGAGAGCGUGUAGCAUGAUUUUUUGUGGUGAGAACGAGUCAGUGUUCGUUGUAGAUUUUCUUUUCAAAUUUUCCGUGAAAAUGUUGUGUCUUUCGUCUUAGCGUGGUUAAAAACAAAAAAAAAAAUCAUAAAAAACAUAUAAAUUGCGUCUAAAAGUGAGGGACUUUUGGCACCCUGUUGAAGGUUUCAUCGACAACGAAAGGUUUCAGAUGAGAACAUCCAUUUGGAGAGUUUAAUUCGUCUCAUGUGGAAAAAGAAUUUUCUACACCGGAAAAGGACUUCUUUUGGUCUCUUAACAGUAUCUCUGAGAAAAUUUCCAUCUCUAUAUUCGCCACGAGCUGUGAGUGACUUUGUAAGGAAAUUUGCAUUACAAAAUAUGUAUGUAUAACAUCAAAAGAACCGAGAAGUGGCGGAAAGUUUAUUUAAAUGUUUUCUUACUUCUAUUAUGAGAUUCAAACAGAUAAAAAGUAUUAAUUACAUAAACGUUACAUUAAUUGUGUAAAUUUUUAUAUAGAAAAUCACGAACACAGCAAAACAUGUAUUGUGGGUGCAUUCCAGUCUGUUUGAGAAAUAGGUGUGGCAUUAAAUCGAUAUUAGAUUAUACUUAUUUACAACAAAAAUUGGAUUUGUUUAUUGUUCUACAGAGGGCGCUAAUUUUACAUUAAUUUUCAUUAUUUUCAUCAUAUUAACGGAAUAAUUUAAUUUUUUUAAAACAUUUCGCAUGCGCAUGAAACAUAAAAACAUUGAAACAUUCGUUAUUUGUAUCAGGAUUUUUAUUUUGUAUAUUGUAUCAGUGGAUAUUUCUCAGUGAAAACGUCCUCUUUAUCUUCUUUUACUAUCUAAAAACACAUUUCUCACUUGGCAAAACAAUUAAAAUUUGAUAACUCAAAUUAGGGAAAAUUUAAUGUUUCAUGUUUCAGUUAAUGUUUCACGCGAAUGGGUUAAUAGAAACACUUUAUUAUCAAACAGACUGUAUUGAGGAAUUGAAAAAUCAAACAAACGCGCCACUUUGCCAAUUGGAAAAACGUGCUCUUGCGCGUUUAUAGGAAAAUGGAAUCAUGCAAUAAAAAGAUGCGUUGAAUAAAAAAAGAGAUUGAUGCCAAAACAAGAAAAAUAGAGAGCCCGAGAGGAAAAAAAAGAGCGAAGCUAUCAGACAGUAAUUGGUGUUUGAAGUCGAAGAAAAAACAAGCCUAUGCACACGAAUUAUUUAAGAAAAGUUUUUCUUCCCAUCGAGCGGCACCAACCGCUAUAAAUUGCAAGUUGCCAUGUUUAAUUAACUUAAUUACACGCGACUAUUAUUGUUGAAUUUAAUAAUCGCUCCUUUUUUUUCAUCAUAGUUCGGCACAUUUUCUUCCCAAUAUUAUAUGUUAUUAUAUUUUUUUUCGUAUAAUAAUUUAUUGUUAUUAAACACUCGCUUUCCUUUGCGCGCAUAUGCAAACAACUCACGCCAUUUCUUGCAAUUUAGUCCCCCAACAUGAGGGAAACUCGAGAGGCCUCUUCCAUGAAUUAACUUCUUUCUCCUUGGCGGAAAAUUGGAGGCACUUAUUAAAUAUUAUUAAAUUAAUUAGUCCACUUUUAGGAGUUUUAUUUUGCAUGGACUCUUUAUUUUUCCGCCAAUUAAAUGCACCCAGGAAUUAAUCUCGUGAUACGGCAAAGAACAAAGAAAUGCUGGAAAUGCCCUCCAACUCGUUUUUCCACAAUAUUAUUAUUGACGUAAUUUUUUUUUAACUUAAAAAAUUAAAAAUUUGGUAAAUGACACAAAAUUCGAGCAAAAUUGCAACAUUUUCCUUCUCUUUUUCCGACUUAAUUGCCAAGCGAUGUGGAAAAUUAUGGAAAACGAGAACCGAAUGGUUAAAUAAUAAAUCCUAAAUUUUUCCGCAUGACUGAAUGUCGAGUGGUGGACAAAUUCAAUUGAGAGGCCCUCGUGGGUUAAUGAUAAUGGAAAAUCAGUAAUUGUUGUGAUGAAAAGAGCCACAGAGGAGUCAAAGAGAGAAAUAUGAAAACAGCACGGUGUAGUCCAGUGAAUUUCAUCUAUGUGACCAAAAUUCACGCAGUAACAGAGUCCAUUAGAACAAGAAUUUUCCAUAGUAUUAAUUGCACUCAUUGGGCGGAUGUUUUUCAUUGAAAAUUUUCCGAAUUAAUUAACUUGUUGGCUAACCAUGAAUAAUUCAAAUGCAAAAAUUUUCCCCGAACAGGAUGCAGCAAAAACUAAAUUAAAUAUGUAAACUUUUUUUUUGUUUGAAUAAAAUUAAAUUUUCAUUGUUUCCAUUAAAAGAAAAAAAAUUAUAGAUAUUCUUUUCAUCAUUUUAAAUGAUUUUAUUGAGCGAAAAACAUGGCAAGAAAAUCUACCAAUAAUGUGUAAUAAAAAAAAGAGAUACAAGAACUUCACAAAUAGUAAGAAAAAUAAAUAAGUUUAGCAAAUAAUUUCUGUAAAUAGAAAAACUAAAAUAUUUGAGAAACUUACAGAGUUUUUUUUUUUGUUAGAUUCUUUGUAACUGAGCUGAUUAUAAGGAAUUUUUGUGUAAAUAUAGAAAAAAUGUCUGAGUGACUAUGAAACAAGGUAAAAAAUCCAUCGAAGAAUUUUGUUCUUGCAUGAAAAAUUGUAAAAAUGAAAUUAUUAGACCGUAAACAUGAUCGAAAUUGUGCAAUUUUUCAUUGUAAAAACCAAUAAGAAAAAUAUUAAACAUGGGGUGGUUGAGUAUGAAAUGUCAUAGUUUGAACGAAAAAAUCAUAAUGUUUAAUAAAAUAAGAAAAUGUAAUGUAUACCUACACUGUAAGGAAAAAAUUAGAGAUCUUUCAGAAGCCACAAAAGGAAGAAAUAAAAUAUGGAUUUGGUAAAAAAAAAUCCGUUGCGUUAUUUUUCAGUCAAAAUUGUGACAUUACCUACUUGACAGCUCUUUACCAGGAUGACAUUAUGUCAAACAAUCACUACAAUUCUUAGAUUUAAAGAGAAAAAAGUUUGCUGGAUUAUAGAAAAAAAAAUCUGUUCACACCACACAUUUCUUGUAGAAAAAUAAAGAAAGAAGAAAACCCCUUUUUGGAGAAAGAAAAUCAUCACUCAAGUGGCAAAAAAAGAGAAUAAAUUUCUGUAAAUAAAUUAAAAUUAAUCCAAAUAUACAAUAGAAUUACUGAAAGACAGAUGAAUAAAGAAAGUGGAGACAAAAUGUUGCUCUAAAAAUCACUUAAAAA